UGCCCCCGUUUCUUCUUCCCUGUCAAAGAAAAGACGGAGUAUAUAGAGCUGUUAAACCCUACCACCAGGCUUUGCACAAACAACACCUAAGUCCAGGCUGCUGCUGAGCCACCACUUCUGUCAUCCAUGGCUGCUUCCUUCAUAAGCUCUUAUUUCGCCCCGUGCAACAUCAGGACCGUUACCUUCAUCCCUAACAAUCCUCCUGCUCACUCUGUUUUUCUUGUGACGAAAUCCUUCUCUGUCCGUUCACCACAUCGUUCUGUUGAUUCCUUCAGUUCCAAAACUAUAAAAUGCUGCGCCUCAGCCCGUCCCGAGUACAUUCCCAACCGAAUCCCCGAUCCUCUGUACGUCCGCAUCUUCGACACCACUCUCCGCGAUGGAGAGCAAUCCCCCGGAGCCACCAUGACCAGCAAGGAGAAGCUUGACAUUGCCCGGCAGCUUGCCAAGCUUGGUGUUGACAUCAUCGAAGCCGGAUUCCCUGCCGCCUCCAAGGACGAUCUGGAAGCUGUCAAGACCAUCGCCAUGGAAGUUGGAAACGACGUUGAUGAGACCGGAUAUGUUCCGGUUAUCUGUGGCUUGGCCAGGUGUAAUCGUGCUGACAUCGAUGCGGCUUGGGAGGCAGUGAAGCAUGCCAAGCGGCCCAGGAUACAUACGUUUAUUGCGACUAGUGAGAUUCAUAUGAAGCAUAAAUUGAGAAAGUCCAGGGAGGAGGUAAUCCAGAUAGCGAGGGAUAUGGUGAGUUACGCCAGGAGUUUGGGAUGUCAGGACGUUGAGUUUAGCCCUGAGGAUGCUGGAAGGUCUGAGAAGGAGUUUCUUUAUCAAAUUCUUGAAGAAGUUAUCAAGGCUGGGGCAACAACUUUAAACAUCCCUGAUACUGUUGGUUGCCUUUUGGAAGAUGAGUUUGCACAAUUGAUUGCUGAUAUUAAAGCCAAUACCCCUGGAAUAGAAAAUGUGAUCAUAUCUACACACUGCCAAAAUGAUCUCGGCCAAGCCAGUGGCAACACUAUAGCAGGAGCGCGUGCAGGCGCAAGGCAACUAGAAGUAACUAUCAAUGGCAUUGGUGAAAGAGCUGGCAAUGCUUCCUUGGAGGAGGUUGUGAUGGCCAUAAAAACCCGUGGUAAGGCGAUAAUGGGAGGUCUUUACACUGGAAUAAACACUAAGCACAUAUUUAUGACAAGCAAGAUGGUGACAGAGUAUAGUGGACUUCCCGUUCAGCCACACAAGGCUAUUGUUGGUGCUAAUGCAUUUUCUCAUGAAAGUGGUAUCCACCAGGAUGGAAUGCUUAAAUUUAAAGGUACUUAUGAGAUUAUGUCCCCUGAAGAUAUUGGCUUAUAUCGAUCCAAUGAUUCUGGUAUUGUCCUUGGAAAGCUUAGUGGACGACAUGCUUUAAGAUCUCGGCUUCUGGAGCUCGGUUAUGAAUUAGAUAGCAAGGAAUUUGAUGAUUUAUUUUGGCGCUUCAAAACAGUGGCUGAGAAAAAAAAGCAUAUUUCUGAUGGGGACAUAGAAGCAUUGAUACUAGAUGAAAUAUUCCAGCCACAAGUUGUGUGGUCUCUUGGUGAUCUGCAGGUCACUUGUGGUACUCUAGGUCUUUCUACAGCAACUGUUAAACUCAUUGCUGCUGAUGGAGUGGAGCAUGUUGCAUGUUCAGUUGGAACAGGCCCAGUUGAUGCAGCUUACAAAGCAGUUGACCAAAUUGUCAAGAUACCUGUAACACUUGUUGAGUACUCCAUGAACGCAGUUACAGAAGGAAUUGAUGCAAUAGCCUCCACACGAGUUGUAAUCCGUGGAGAGGAUGCUCAUACAGUAAAGCAUGCUCUUUCGGGGCAAAUAACUCAACGUACUUUCAGUGGAACUGGGGCAGGGAUGGAUAUAGUUGUUUCCAGUGUCCGUGCCUAUGUCGGUGCACUUAACAAGGUGUUGGGCUUUCAGAGCGUAAGAUGCACAGUGAGUUCAGAAGCGUCUGCGUGACGUGGUUCAGGGGUUCGUUUCUUAAGAAAUUUGCAUUUUAAAUCUUACAUGGAUUAUUUGUUGUCUAAAUUUUGCUAUUCAUUUGUAUGUUUUGUAAGAAAUUGUCUAUACUCUACAUUAGAACCAAUGUUUUAAAAUCCGACUGGUGGCUAAGGUUUUUCUUUUUUUAGUUUUUUCAUUUUUAAAGUAGGCUGAUUCAUUCAAUCAUUUUGUACUCGGAAUA